CAGAAAAAAACCCGUGAGUACACAAAUUUUUUUGGAAGAAAGGCACGCUAUUUCCAGAAAUGCCCGUGAAAUCCAGGAGACCGGACUUGAAAAACUCAUUAAACUCUUCCUAAGAAUCACCCAUGGCCUUUUUUUUUAUGGGGUUCGAAGAAUAAGGAGGAAGGUGUUGAUUUGAUUGGGGAGAGAUUCGGUGCUGAGUGCACUAUGAUGCAUUAAUUCUAUUCCUUUUCCUUUAUUUUCUUCUCUUGUUUUGCUUCUACAAGAAGUCGAAUGAGAAAGAAAAUUAUGCUAAAGGAUUUCUGUGCUUGCUUUCAUCCCUAUCUGUGAAAACCCACGUCUGUUUCAUCAAUGAAGAUGGGAUCAGGAGGAUCCAGUGUUGUUGUGCCCAGGAAUUUCAGGUUAUUGGAAGAAUUGGAGAGAGGGGAGAAGGGCAUAGGCGAUGGAACUGUCAGUUAUGGAAUGGAUGACAGUGAUGACAUAUACAUGCGCUCAUGGACUGGUACCAUUAUUGGUCCUCACAAUUCUGUGCAUGAAGGUCGCAUCUAUCAGCUCAAGUUGUUUUGUGACAAAGAUUAUCCCGAGAAGCCGCCAACCGUGAGAUUUUAUUCAAGGGUUAACAUGACAUGUGUCAAUCAGGAGACUGGUCUGGUCGAGCCCAAACAUUUUUCAAUGCUUGCAAAUUGGCGGCGCGAAUAUACCAUGGAAGAUAUCUUGACACAUUUGAAAAGGGAAAUGUCAGCUUCUCAUAAUAAGAAGUUAGGGCAGCCUCCAGAAGGCACUUUCUUCUAGAAUGAUUUGCACGUUAUUCUCUCUAUACAAAUCACUCUGAACUUGACGCUAUGAAUGGCUUAUGUAACACAUUAUGAGUUGAAACAAACAAAUGGAAGUACAGGUUUGGUAUGUGCUUCCAGUUUUCAUGAGGUUCAGAUGAUAUACUAAGUUCUAUAUUACACCUAAUGACUGUUUAAGAUCUGUAAUUUUCUUGAAUUUGGAAUUAAAAAGCAUAAAAGUGCUUUUUCCUUAAA